GCUUUUAUCAUACUCCGCAAAGGGAGAUCACUCAAAGCCCCCGCGAAUCCCAAAACAAGUUCAGCUGUCAUUUCUUUUACAUUUCUGUUUACUUGAAAUAUUUACGGACAAUAACUGUGCGGGUCAUUGAAUUUUUCAAUUAACCACCAUGGCGUUGCCGGCAGAAAAAGUUUCUGAGCUGAAACAGAUUAUUCACAAUCAACUUUCGCAAGGUGAUGUGCAAAGAAGGAUUAGAGAAAUGUUGUCUGAGUCAAUGCAAGAAGACUUAGGUGGGCAAGGUAAUUUGAUGGGCGAGCAAGAAAUGUUCAAUAGGUUAAAACAGCGUGGUGUUGUUGACAACAUUUUACAGCAGAUACAGUUUGAUGGAGGUACCAAUGGUCAGCGACCAGCAACACAUUUUACAGAUAAAGACAACAUGUUACGUUCUGUUGGUGAUAAGAAAACAAAUAUAGACCCAAGCAGGCGCUAUCUGUAUCUAUAUAUCAAAGCUGGGAAAGCAUUUUUAGAACAUAUAGAAGAGAACAAUGGUGUGCCUGGGCAAGUGGCUUCAUAUUUCACGUUUCAUAUUCUGUUCCGGGGACAAAGGUUCAAGUCUCGACCUGUAGCAUGUGCUUGUGAGCCAGACAUAGACGAGGGUUUUCUACUCGAGCUUCAUAAAGAUGGAAUAGGUGAUGCUGGUAAAAUGGCUGACGCAACAACAAUGCUGUCAAUCUCUGACCCUAUCCAUGUGGUGCUGAUAAAAACAGACGCAUCAGGGGACACAACUCUUGUCUCAUCACAUUUUCUGGAAUGGAGACCAGUCCUUACGUCUUCCUCUAGUAGGCUUACAACAUAUCUGGAACUUAAAGGCACAGGAUCUGAGAGUAAAGUAUCCGCUGGUGUAAUAGAUAUACAGGUGGAAUUGUUUCCAAAGACAAAGCAAGCAUUGAGUAAUGAGGUGAUAACUGCUCAGAUUCAGCUUGAACGGGGCAGACACGCGGAACAAGAGCGCCUAUUUCUUGUAUAUGCCAAACAAUGGUGGAAAGAGUACCUCACAAUCAGGGAAAUACACAAAGAGAGAUUGGUGAAGAUAUUUGCUCAGGAUGAAAAUGGAAACAACCGUCCAGUUUGCUCAUUUGUAAAACCACUUAGAGCUGGAAGACUUCUGGAUACUGCUAGAGAGGCUGCGAGGUUUGUUAGUUUAACACAUCAGGAAAGAACGCCAACGCUCGGAGGUGGCGGCCGUACGGAGCAGUGGACAACUAUGCAUGCCUUCCUGUGUAGAAAUAAGGGGGAUUGUGAGGAUCAUGCUACCCUGUUGUGCAGUCUGCUGCUAGGUUUCGGACUUGACGCCUAUGUUUGUGUUGGGACCAAAGCAAAGGGAGCCGUCCAUGCCUGGGUGAUGACCAUUAGUGUUGAUGGGCUAGUUACAUUCUGGGAGAGUCUAAAUGGUCAUAGAUAUAUACAUGAACCAUUGGACCCUAAUGCACCACCAAUGGAUAAACAACACAGACCAAAAUAUCCGUACAAAACUAUAGGUUGUGUGUUUAAUCACCAGUCAUUCUAUGCCAAUAAUCAGCCAACAGAUAAUGUAGCAGUUUGCCAAUUUCACCUACGUGACGAAGCACGCUGGAAGUCCAUGUCACAUGAUGCUAUCAUGUCUGUUUGCGGGUCGUCCAGUACCCCAUUAUGGCCCCAGUUUCCCCCACUGUGUGCCCCAUCAAUAGAUCCCUCCUUGGCCAGUAAUGAUUUAGAACAACAACUUAGAAUACUUGUUACAGAACAUAGAAGGGACAUGGGACUAACAACAAUGUGGGAUGACCAGCUUAGUUAUCUCCUCACACCAUCUCUAGCUGCAUAUGAGACUGAAAGAACUACAGGUUUGACUCCAGGAAACGAGGAAUUUCAAGACUCAAUAAAGCACGCAGUACCAGAUGGUCAUACAUUUAAGGGAUAUCCUAUCCAGUUCUCACACAGAAAUGCUCGCAAAGCUUUUGCCACCUGUCUUAGAUCUCCAGUGUGUGAAGAAAUUAUUCAUUGUAGAGGAGAUCAUGUAAGGUUGGGUGUACGGGUUCGAGUCUAUCCAUAUCCUGAAUCAGCUUGCGCCACAUGGAUUAUGUUUGCAUGCAAAUACAAGUCUAUCAUAUGAACAUUAACACCUUGAUUGUGAACAUGAUAU